GCUCCGCGGGCCCGCGCCCCGCCACCCGGUAGGCACCAGCACACGGGAGUGAGCUCUGGACGGGGCGGUCGGGUCGUAGCCUCCGCUGUGCAGGGAGAGGCGGCCGGGAGCUGGGCCUGUAAGACAAGGACGAGGGACAGCGGGCCUACGCUGAAGCAGGGGCGGUUCUCGCCGGACGUGCGGAAAAAUUUCCUCCAUGAGGCUUUUGGGGAAGAGUCGGGGGCUGCCCCGAGCCCCAGGUCCGGCGUCGGAGCCGACCCUGCGCUGUGGGGCCGGGCCGCAGACCUCCUGGCCUGAACCAUCUGUACUGCAAGGAGUGAAAACACAAUGCCAUUAGAACGCGGGUAUGGCAGGUUACAGCGGGACAGCUGGUAGUGGCAUAAGGCUUGUACCGGACACUGUGCAGAUGCUGAAACGAUUGUUGGUAAUACAUGAUUGGUGACCAUAUAGAAACUAAACAAUGCCAACUAAAAGACCCCAUGGAUUUGUUUCAUUCUGGGCAAGUUGUAAAAAUAUGUGCCCCUAUGGUCCGCUAUUCAAAGUUGUCUUUCAGAACCUUGGUUAGGAAGUACGGUUGUGAUUUGUGUUACACACCAAUGAUAAUAGCAGCUGAUUUUGUGAGAUCUGCAAAAGCCAGAGACAGCGAAUUCACAACAAACAAAGGUGAUCAUCCAUUGAUUGUUCAGUUUGCUGCUAAAGAAGCACAAGUUUUGUGUGAUGCUGCCCGUAUCGUCUGUCCUUUUGCAGAUGGAAUAGACCUAAACUGUGGCUGUCCUCAGAGAUGGGCAAUGGCAGAAGGUUAUGGUGCUUGCUUAAUAAAUAAACCAGAGCUUGUUCGCGAUAUGGUGAGACAUGUACGGAAUCAGAUCGACAACCCCAGAUUUUCAGUAUCUAUUAAAAUAAGGAUCCAUGACGACUUAAAAAGAACUGUUGACCUGUGUCAAAAAGCAGAAGCAAGUGGCGUUUCAUGGAUUACAGUACAUGGGAGAAGUGUGGAAGAAAGACAUCAGCCUGUACAUUAUGAUGCAAUUAAAAUAAUUAAACAAAGCAUGUCUAUACCUAUUGUGGCUAAUGGAGACAUUAAAACUUUAAAGGAUGCUGAAAAUGUUCAUCACUUGACAGGAGCAGAUGGUAUAAUGGUGGCUAGAGGACUCCUAGCAAAUCCGGCUAUGUUUGCAGGAUACGAAGAGACACCUUUGAAGUGCAUCCAGGACUGGGUUGACAUCGCUCUUGAGCAUGGAACUCCUUUUACAUGUUUUCACCACCACUUAAUGUACAUGAUGGAACGGAUAACUUCCAAACAAGAAAAAAAAGUUUUUAAUGUUUUAUCAAGUACUUCAGCAGUACUAGAUUAUCUGAAGGACCAUUAUGGCGUGUGAUAGCUGCAAGUAUUUUACUUCUGUAUAAACUUGUAUUUUGCUAUUGCCAAUACAUUGUUAAAGUUUUUAUUGGGUUCCUACUUAUUAGUCACAGUCAUAUGUUGCAUAAGUAUUUUCAACAUGGCGUAACAUUAUGAUCAGGGUGAUACUUUAUAGUUUUUAGUAAUUUUAUGUCAGCGUUUUUCACUCUAGAAUAUAAUCCAAAUUCCACAAAUGUGGAAUUCUGUUUACAGUAUACUACACACACAGGAUUAUUUUAAGACUCCAGUAAUUUAUUUUUUCAAGAGACAGUUGCUUACAGCAAUAUGUUUGCAAAACUAGCAUCUUUCUUACGUAAAACCUCCAAAAAUCAUAAAUAAUACCAAGAAUUUCAGACCAAAAGAAUACAAAGGGAGCAAUUAUAGAAGUUUUUGCUUUAACGGGCAUAAGCUGUACUUCUAAAUUUGAGUGGGUUUUUCAAGCCUAAAGACCCAGCAUGGUAUCCUCUUCUAAAUUAGAUGUUCCUUUUGCAGACUAAAACUUUCUAAACUUAAUAACUAACUCAGAAAAAUCCACACUUCCGGUAGUGAAAGAAACCAGGAAUAGAUAAAGGAAACAAUUAAAUGAAGAGAUAGUUUAAAUUUAGCUGAAUUUAAAAGGCAAGACUUGAAAGUUCAAUUUGACUAAACACAGUUUUGUUUAUCUACUGUAUAAUAAUUAUAGAAAAGAUUAAAUCCAGAUUGUCUACCAAAACAGAACUUUAUAGGUCAAAGAAAAGCUGGCAGGUUUUCUUAUUGAGGCUCUUGCACUCCUUUCUGCCUGCUGGCAUGUUGCUUAUCAAAGCAUGACAACCACUUGGCUUUGAGUCUUUGUAUAGGAGGGAAAUAGUGAGAAUUAGAACAAGAUAAUAACAUUACACACCAGCUGCAUUUGUUCUGUAAAGGAAAUUUCAUAAAUCUGUGCAGUGCAAUUAUUUGUAAUCAAAUAAUUUGUUUGCUUUAUAUGUUUAUGCAGAAGUUCAUA